ACAGGAUGAGCCCUAAGAAGAAGAUGUUGGUGCUAUUUUAUCAAAGAAGCACCAACGGCCUUCUCACAAGUGCUUCUUCGGUUUUAUAAUCUGCUAGGCCACAUACAGCUAUCAGUGGCUGUCUUGUUUUUCAGCUUUGUUCUGGCACGUUAACUGUUGGAUUUAACUGAGCCCUGGCUUCUCUCCUCUUCGUUUCAUUUAUUUAUUUAUUUUUUAAAAUUAGCUUUUAGGGUCAUUCUGUGAUAUGAUCCUCCAAACCUUUUAGACCCUUUACAAACUUUCUACUGAGAUCAAAUUCAAGAUUAAGAUUUCAUAAAAAAUUUUGACAUAAGAUGGUGUCCUAGGAUCCUAUCAUUACGCUCAUGGUUUUUUGGGCAAGUGGGUGGUGAUCAUGGUUUAAGAUACUAAAAGCGCUCUCGACUGAAACCAAUCUUGAUCGUUAUGAGCCUUCUAGUUUUAUUACUCUUCUAUCUCAAUAUCCUCAUUUCUUUCAUUUCAAUUACAUUAAGUUUAUUUAUAUAUUGUUUAUUUAUCGCUCAACAUUCAAUUUCAUGCAUCAUUGUGGACCAUAUAACUAUCAAUAUUUUUACCAAAUAUGGUAUGAAUUAUAUGUAAAUUAUAAAUUUUUUUUCCCCUAAAAAAUCAAAUGGGGCUUUAUGGGAUAAGAAGACAAGGGCUUGACAGUUGAAAGAAAUUUGAUUUCUGAACCCUUACCUUUCCUCUUUGCAUUGAAAGACAGGUGCUUAUGUAUCUGACUGCUAUUUGGGAUAAACAUGGUCGUGGAGCAACGGCAUGAGGUGUCUGCGUUCUGCACUGUUGUUUCGAGGUUCACGUAAAUAUGCAAUGGGUCAAUGGACGGGAUCAGGGAAUCCAUAAGCAGUUUUCCUUUUCGACCAAAAUGAUCUUGGGUUCCACCUUUCUGAUCAGAUAACCCAAGCUACACAGCCAUGACACUUUAUAUGCUCCUGUUCAGAUCCUGCACCACCCCAAGAAUGCUGUCACAACUCCAUGCCCAUCUCUUAAUCACUGGGUUUGACAGAGACGCACUUUCUUCCACCAAAUUAAUUGAAUCUUAUGCCAAUAUGGGUUGUCUCGAAUCUGCUAGACUGGUCUUUGAUACUUUCUCACGACCAGAUCCUUUCAUGUGGGGUGUACUGAUAAAGAGCUACGUAUGGAAUUUCUACUUUAAAGAAGCCAUUACACUCUAUCAUGAAAUGCUGUAUCAGCGAGCCCAAAUUAAUAGUUUCUUGCUUCCAUCUCUUCUUAGAGCUUGUUCAGGUCUUGGUGAUGUGGGUAUGGGUGGGAAGAUCCAUGGGAGUAUCAUUAAAAGUGGGUUUGACUCUGAUGGCUUUGUUGAGACUGCAUUGCUUUCUAUGUAUGGAGAAAGAGGCAAAUUAGAAGAUGCUCGUGUCGUAUUCGAUAAUAUGUCUACAAGAGAUGUGGUUUGUUGGAGUUCGAUCAUCUCCAGUUAUGUUCAGGGUGGACAACCCUACAGCGGGUUGGAGAUGUUCUAUAGGAUGGUCGUUGAAGGUAUCAAACCGGAUUCCGUUGCAAUGCUUGGGAUAACUGAAGCUUGUGCCGACUUGGGGUUUCUAAGACUUGCUAAGGCAGUUCACGGCUAUAUAGUGAGAACAGAGAUUGAGAAUUCCAGGUCCUUGGAGACUGCUCUUAUUGUUAUGUACAGCAAAUGUGCAGACUUGCUUAGUGCAGAGAAGCUCUUUGAGAAGGCAUCUCACAGAAGUAAUGUUUCAUGGGCAACAAUGGUUUCCUGCUACAACCAGAAUAGCCACUUUCAAGAAGCAUUAGAGAUUUGUGUUAAGAUGCAGGAGUAUGGAGUGGGACCCAGUCCAGUAGCCAUGGCCGGUAUUCUGUUUUCAUGUUCUCAGUUGGUUCUGCUCAAAGAGGGUAGAUCAGUUCAUGGUUCUGUUAUCAGGAAAGGUAUAGACACUGAUUUUGAUCUUGUAGGACCAGCACUAAUCAAUAUGUAUGCAAGUUGCGGGAGACUUGGAGAUUGCCAAAAGGUGUUCGAUGCAAUCCAAGAGAAACAAUUAGUCUCAUGGAAUUCACUUAUAACAGUCUAUGCUAGGAAUGGGUUCUCAGAGGAGGCACUGAGACUCUUUAUUCAGAUACUGGGACAAGGACUGUUUCCAGAUUCAUUCACCCUGGCAAGUUCUCUGUCAGCAUGUGGAGAUAUGAGCUUCUUACGGCUUGGGGAUCAAAUUCAUGGUCAUAUUUCCAGAACAGGCUUUGAUUCUAAUGAAUAUGUCCAGAACUCUCUCAUAGAUAUGUACUCCAAAUGUGGGUCUGUGAGCAUUGCAUACAAAAUAUUCAGCAACAUUCGAAGGAAAAGCAUUAUAACAUGGAACUCCAUGGUUGGUGGAUUUGCUCAAAAUGGUUAUUCGGUAGAAGCAAUAGGGCUAUUUGAUUGGAUGCAUUCCGAAGGUCUUAGUAUGGAUAAGGUGACCUUCUUAAGUGUAAUUCAAGCUUGCUCACAUUUGGGUUAUCUAGAGAAGGGAAAAUGGGUUCACCAUAAACUCAUAGUCUAUGGUGUGGUGAAAGAUUCUCAUGUUGAAACAGCUUUAACAGACAUGUAUGCAAAAUGUGGUGAUCUUCAGAUGGCUCAAACAGUCUUUGAUGAUAUGCUAGAUAGAACUAUAGUAUCAUGGAGUGCCAUGAUAGGUGGCUAUGGAAUGCAUGGUCACAUUGAUGCUGCGAUUUCCCUCUUCACCAAAAUGGUAGAUUCAGCGAUAAAACCAAAUGAAAUAACCUUCAUGAAUAUUCUAUCAGCCUGUAGUCAUGCAGGAUCUGUGGACAAGGGGAAAUCCUAUUUUCAUCUGAUGGGGGAUUUCGGCAUGGAGCCCAGCUUGGAUCAUUUUGCUUGUAUGGUUGACCUUCUAAGCCGAGCUGGUGAUUUUGAUGGAGCAUUUGGAUUCAUCAAAACAAUGCCAGUUCCUGCAAAUGCUAGUAUUUGGGGUGCUCUUCUAAAUGGAUGCCGUAUCCACCACAGAACAGACCUCAUCAGAAGCAUUGAGGAAAACCUUUUAGAUCUUGGAAAAAAUAAUCCAGGACAUUAUAUAUUACUCUCCAAUAUAUAUGCUGAAGAAGAAAAGUGGGAUGAGUUUGGGAAGGUAAGAUCAAUGAUGAAACAUGUUGGUCUGAGGAAGGUUCCUGGAUACAGUACAAUUGAGAUAAAUAGAAGGAUCUACAGAUUUGGAGUAGGAGAUACAUCCCAUCCACAAACGAAGGAAAUAUAUGGGUCUUUGGAAAAUAUCAUAAAUUUAGCUCAGGAACAAGGUUAUCUCUUGGAUGCUACAAUCCAUAGUACAAGCCAAGGACACAGGAGCAACAAUGUUAAGAGUCACAGUGAGAAGCUAGCAAUUGCAUUUGGAGUUAUCAGCUCUGCUCCAGGGACAACAAUACGCAUCUCAAAGAACCUUCGUGUUUGCGUGGACUGCCAUACUUUUGCAAAAUUUGUGUCUAAAAUCACAGGAAGGGAGAUCAUCAUGAGAGAUUUGAAUCGGUUCCAUCAUUUAAUAAAUGGGAGUUGUUCUUGUAGAGAUUAUUGGUAACAAGCUUGAUUACAAACAGGAGUAAACAGUGGGACAAAUACCCC